GGGGGGGAAGUGGGGCAUGUAUAAAAGCAAAGGCAUUGGUUCUUGUUGUCUUUCUUUGGACAACGCUACUGCAGACUGAGGAAUUUUCAGAUUCUGUAUAGUUAUCACGGAAGAGUUUUGCUAGGUAUCUCAACCUUUAAAAAAAGAAUAUUUCUUUGCAUCAUGGCUUUGAACAUUUUCCGUUUGACGGUCUUGGCCGUGUGUGUCGGCAUUGGUGUUCUCGUCUACCAGUACACUGGCGGUCAAGACCAAUCCGCCCGUGUUCGUCGUGCAGCCAUCGACAGGCGCCAACAAGAGAAUGGAGUCUGCCUUUUUGACCAAUUCUACGCGAGUACACUAGUCGAAAACAAGCAUGCUUUUAUUUACGAUGCCCCAAAGAGCCAUGCUGAAGCCAUCACUGCAUGUGCGAAUGCUCCUGGUGGGCCCUACGAACUCGGCAAAUUAACUUUUGGCGACAAAACUUCCUAUGACUGGAAUGCCAUUACCACCUACUUUCAGAAUUCCUGUCCUGAUGCCAAUGCAGCAUUGGCCAAGGACAAGAUUGUUUGGAUUGGCUCGUGGAAUGGUGAUAGUUACAAUGGAGCUUGUAUGGCUGUUACUUUGAGCCCGAAAGGGAAAAUGGCCAUCAAUGUUCGGCCGUGCGAGGAUAAGCACCCCGUUUGGUGUACCAAAACCAUUUCUCAGCCCAUGAUGUGUCAGCAGUGUUCAACCACCCCAGGCGGUGCUCAGUGCCAUGAAACAGCAUCCUGCACGAAAUAUGUCGCUCAGAACCCGUUUGUAGGCACCACCAAUCUCUACCAAUGUGCUUGUCGCUCCGGGUACAAAGCCGCAGCAAACCAACCUGCUUGGCGACUGGCCUACGUUCAGCGUUCUGCUAGCGAAGACGCUAACCGCGUCCACGUUCCCCCUGGUGUGGCCUGCGACACCCUUUGCGACAACCCAACCUUGUCGACCCGUUGUGACGAGGUUGCAAAUACAUGUGAGGGAUGUUUCCCUGGCGAUGCGACAGUUCGUGUCCAAAAGGAAGGAAAAGCCGUCAAGGUACCGUUCAGGGAUGUUAAACCAGGUAUGAAGGUGAUGGUUGCUGUGGGUGAAGAGAGGACCACAGAGUGGAGUGAGGUUGCCUUUUUGGUCAACUUGUCUGGCCAACCUGCCUUUACCGACGUCGAAUACGUUACGGACGAUGGAAAGACUGGAAAGAUCACCCUAACCGCAACCCACCUUAUCGCGGCGGAUGUUGAAGAGAACGAUACCCCCGUCCUUGUUCAAGCCAUGCACAUCAAGAUUGGUCAACAAAUUUACCACCAACAAUAUUCCCGUGUCACUGUUACUGCGACCAACACCCACACCCUUCCUCCCUCGACCGGCGCAUACACCCUCAUUCCCAACACGCCAUCUGCCCUCCUCUUUGUCGAUGAUGUGCUCGUAUCGCCCUACUCUUCUCACAUCUCGCACCAUGAAAAGGCUGACAGGACAUUUGGCAUGCUUGCAAGGGCGUUGUACCGAUCUUUUAAAUUCAUUGGAAAGGAAGAAUGGAUGGGCGCUAAUGUUUUACAAAAUGGUGCAGAGUGGGUUAGACCUUGGUUCAUGGACGUGGCUGCCAAGAUGGAGGAGGUUGCAAGCAUUGGCUCUGGCGUCGUUGCGGCGAUUCUGGGGUUGGUGGUUGUUAAAAGGGUUGCAGCCUAAGGGAGAGCCAAAACAUUGUUCUGGUCCUUGUCAUGACCAAAAGCUUUACUUCUAGUAAAAUAUGUAUCAGAUGUCGGACCUGCGCAUGUGUUGUUCCCU